AUGGAAAACUUACUGGGGUUUGGAUUGUUCGACGAUUUAUUCGAUGGUGGGACUCAUCCUCUGCAGAACGAUGAUUUCGAGAAGGAAGAGGACAUAUCAACGCGGAUCGCAGAUUCAGCGGUGAAUAUAUACAAACCAAAAAAAGGAGGCAAAACGAUGCUACAUAAAGCUAUCAAGAGUGGUGAUAAAAUACGGAUCAAUGCAUUGCUGCGCGAACAGCAGUUGCUUGCACUGCUGGUAGCGUAUCAGACCGAUUUUGAUAAAAUUGAAAGGCAUAUGAUAUUCAAAUUCAACUGGAAUCCGAAUGAUAAAAUAUGGCUCAAGAAAACCAUUCUGAUCAGCCUUGAUGAGGACCAGUGUCGUAUGGCGAAAAAGUCACAGGCAAUAUUUGUUCUGUUACGACAUGAAGUAAACGGUGAAGUGGUAGCUGUUAUCGUCCCGAAUGAGAAUAAGUACCUCGAUGCGUUCCAUCUGCUGAGAGAUUUGAUUCCCAACGGAUUCCUCACAUGGAAUUAUACCGGAGUGGAUGGGCAAGUGGAAACUUUUAUGGAGACAGCUGCCUCACGUGGAAAUAUGAACGUUAUUGGACGACUCUUCGACUUGGGAGCCCCCAUAGCUAUAUCGAAUCAUAAUCCACUUAUUCUGGCAUGUCAAACUUUGCAGAGGAACACCAUUCGGUGGUUGUUAACCGAACACUUCGAUCAUUUCGAUUUUACCAAUGUAUUAUUUGUGCUAAUGCAGAAGAACAAUGUGGAUAUGUUUGAGUUUGUGCUGGAAAAAAUGAUUGCUUAUCGGUGCAAAUAUUUUGACCAAGAUGAAUCAGAAGCGUUUAAUAACAUAUUUUGUUUUGAGGAUGAAGAGUUGUCUAGUUCAAUUUCCACAAGCCUUCGAUCGGGACCACUGGAGAAAAUUGUAGAAAAAUAUAUCGUAAAAUAUAAAUUAGACUUAUCCUAUCAAGGAGAGUAUGUAACUAUAUUAGGACAAGUAUUGUAUCGCAAACUUGCACUAGACUAUUGCUUCGCUGGAAUACGGGACAAUCCAGAAUUGCUUGGACUAGCAGUACAUGGUGGUAGCACAAAAAUGUUACACAAUAUGAUUAGAUGGCAGUUUGUGGAAUUCCUUCAAGAUAUUUAUGCACAAAAUCCGACAGUUAAAACAUAUUUCGAGACAGAAGAAGCAUUUUAUAUUCUACGUGAUGCUAUUUCCGAGAGUCACCAUGAGACAGCUCGGUUCAUUCUGGACAAUCAUUUAGAAUUCUUGGAGAAAGAUUCGAGCAAAUUGGAAGAGGAAGUGAUAUGUUGGAAAUAUUAUCCCGAAAUAUUUUACAAUCAGUAUUGCCCGUUAUACGAUUUAUUCCCAAAAUAUGCUAAGCUCAUUGAGAAAACUACACGAGAAGUUGUGGAAAAAGAUUUGGAUCUCGUUAUGGAUAAACUCAUCGGAAUAUCAGAAGAACCAAUUGGCACAGAGAUAUUAACUGCUAGGGGGCCAAAUGGUGAAACAAUUCUACAUAAGGUAACCGAAAAAGAUAACUUACCGUUGGUCAUCCGAUUACUCGAAGCUGGAUUCGAUUUGGAUACAUCAGAUGACGAAGGCAAUCAAACCAUCCAUUAUGUGCAGAGCGUUGAAAUGUUCAAUUUCAUCAUUGACCGCCAUCCAGAGCACCAGCAUCUAGUCCAUCGUAUCAACUCAGCAGGAUAUUCCGUUCUACAUCGAGUUUGCGGUCUUCAUGGGGACGAAAACGUCGUACUCACACUGUUGGAGCGAGUAAUUGAGUGUGGAGCAAAUAUAAACCAACGCACCAAAGAUGGCGACACAGCCAUUUUCCUCAUUAGAGACUCCUCUCUUUUAGGGUCACUUAGACAACAUGGUAUCGAACUUGAUGUGGUGAAUUGCAACGGCGAAACCGCCCUCCAGCGACAUUUACUGGAGAGAAACACCUGGAUGGUGCAAACAUUACUUCCGCUAGUCCACAAAUUUCCAACCUUCAAGGAACACGCUCACACAUAUCUCGAACCGAUGAUGUACAGAAAUCGGGAUUUCUUCAGUUGUGAUUAUCAGGAUUUUCUUGAAGAGAACCCAGAAACGACUAGAGUAAUUUUCGAUUCGAUUUUUGAAAAUUCCCGAGAAGAAGCUUCUAAAGUGUUCGCCAAAGCUUGUUCGGGCGCUUUCAAUUUUGUCGCCGAGAAGUUCCUGGAAUUUGAUCACGAUUUGGACUAAUACCAAGGUGAGAAUAACUACACUCCAAUCAUCGGACUGCUCAGCUACAUGGAAGAAUCGAAUAUCCAUAUUGUAAAACGACUGCUUUCGAAAGGCAUAGAUUUGAACAUUUGCAAUGAUUGGGGUCGAAAUGCGCUGUUGACGUUUGUUCGAGGGUUUUCGUGGGUGAGGUGGUAUGGCCAUGAUGCUGUUGAUACUGUUCAACUUUUGCUAGACCAUGGUGCAGAGAUAAAUACGCUGGAUGAGGAUGAAAAUACUGCACUUCAUCUGGCUUUCAAGGAGAGUGAAUGGGAAGUGGUGGAACUGCUGGUUCGUCAUGGAGCAGAUUUGAAGAGUAAAAACAAAGAUGGACUAAUUCCGUGUGAGAUGGCGCCGAAAGCUGUAGCGGAGCUCUUGUUUUUCAUGAAAUGA